AUGACUGAUUUGUGUCCUGUGUACGCGCCAUUUUUCGGUGCCAUCGGUUGUGCCUCAGCCAUCAUCUUCUCGUCGUUCGGCGCCGCCUACGGUACUGCCAAGUCCGGUGUCGGUGUGUGUGCCACCUGCGUGUUGAGACCGGACUUGUUGUUCAAGAACAUCGUUCCCGUGGUCAUGGCCGGUAUCAUUGCCAUUUACGGUCUGGUGGUGUCCGUGCUGGUGUGCUACUCGCUAACCCAGAAACAGGCCCUUUACACCGGGUUCAUCCAGCUGGGUGCUGGUCUCUCCGUCGGCCUCAGUGGUCUAGCUGCCGGUUUCGCUAUCGGUAUCGUCGGUGAUGCCGGUGUCAGAGGUACCGCACAACAACCUCGUUUGUUUGUUGGUAUGAUUUUGAUUUUGAUUUUCGCAGAAGUGUUGGGUUUGUACGGGUUGAUUGUUGCCCUUCUAUUGAACUCGAGAGCUACUCAAGACGUUACUUGCUUGUAA